CGGCCGCGCAACUCAUUCAUUCUUUUUCGACAGAAGAACCACCAAGCCGUGUUAGACGACGGUGUGAUUACAACGAACCCCGAAGUGUCACGUGAGUUGGGGCGCCGCUGGCGCAAUCUUCCGCCGGAUGAGAAGGAGCACUGGAACCGGUUGGCCGACGAGGAGAAGCGGCUCCACGCAGAAAAGUAUCCGGGGUACCGCUAUGUACCACGAAAG